AUGGCUCCUCGGGAGCGCGAUGCGGCGACCGAGCCGGUCAACGGAGCGACCAAGCAGCCUGCGUCACUGGCCCAGAGCACGCUCAUGUCGGUGUCGGUCCCUCGGCACUGGCUGCGAUUUGGCAUGGGUUAUCGCGCGCGAACGGUGCGCUUCUCCGACGGCAGCCUCGUGCAAGACGCGCAUUUACGCCACUUGUCGCGCGUUCAAGAGCUCGAGCUCCGCGAGUGCGACUACAUCACGUCUAUUCAAGGCCUCACGAGCUGCACAUCGCUCACCUUGCGCUCCUGUGACCAAGUGACGGCCAUCCGCGAUCUCCCACAGUUGCAGUCACUCGACAUUUCGGAUUCUUCGUCAGUGUAUCGUAUUGAGGACGUACCAGCUCUUACAACGCUCUUGCUGGGAAACGCCAAGCCGUCCGUCCUGCCGUCGCAGGUCCAGACCCUCUCGACGUCCGCCGCCGUUUAUCUCGCUGCGAGCGCCUCGAGCCCUUCGACGUAUGCUUCGCUUGCGCUCAAGCAGUGCCACGAGAGUAUCCAAAACGAUGUCUUCGCCGCAGAGGUGCACCUCACAUCCUGCGACGCGGUCACCCGCCUCGACGCCUUCCGGUUCGCAUCGACCAUGACGCUUUCUCGGUCGCGCGCCCUGGAGCAGACGGCAUUCGAUGCACUGCGUCUGCUUCAGACGAUACGCCUUCAAGCCUCGACCUGUCUUACGUCUGUGACCGCCUUGGCGCGCUGCAUCAGCGUCCACUUGUCCCUCUGCGUCAACCUCGCCGAUGUCUCUCCACUGCGGCACUGCCACUCGGUCGAGCUCUCGUGUUGCCCGCAAGUCCAUGACGUGAACGCACUUAGCACCGUCUACGACCUCGCGCUCAACCGGUGCGCCGACAUAGAGUCGCUCGAUGGCCUCGCGCACAACCACACGCUGCGCGUCGCCGAGUGCUACCGCGUCUCCCACGUCGGCCAUCUCCACGACCUCCAUACCAUCGAGCUCGUCCGCUGCCACCGCUGA